CCUUACGUGAUAGAAGUGGAAAAGAAACAAACGGGUUGCGUGAUAUGUGCAGCUCAACAUGCGGCUGAUGGAUUCAGAACUUCAUCUACAUCAAAAGUGCAGAAUGCGAUCAUAAUAGCGAGUUUGUUGGCAAGUGGAUACAAUAUGAAAAUGAAUGUGAAGGCUACUUACGACAAUUGCAAUGCGAGCAGAAAGAACAUGUGUCAUCGUCACUAUGUCGCGGCGGCGGACGGCUUUGCUACAGAAAGGGAUAUUUGCCAGUUCAUGAAUGGAUCCAUUCGACGAUAUCACGCCACUCCUUUGUGGCCGCUUGAACAAACCAGCAACAGUCAAAGCGGUUGUUCAGAAAAAACUGCAUCGCAGCUGCCAAAGAAAGCCGAGAAUAGCCAGAGUUUGUGUACAGAUAAUGAAGAGCGCAUAUCGUCGGGUCGUUCGCACCCUCCAGAUAACGUUUGUGUGCCGUCAGUGAAAAUCACCAUGGGUCGACCAAUUUAUGCAGUACGUGUGUCGGCAGUACCAGUGACUACGAACGCUCACGAACACCAAUACUCACAUCCAUACAUGUCCCAGAGUUCCAGCAACGGCAUGGUUCCAUGCGUGCGCCUUUUGGGAGAGCCCCAGCUUACGGCAGUCAGACUGCUUGAACAGCUCUGGUAA